GCUGUGGUGGGGGUUCGUUGAGAGCCAGCUCUAGUGCCAGGGCUUUACAACACAGUUCUGUGUUUGACACUCGCACGGUCGGAGCCAUGCAGCUGGACAAUGUCACCAACGCUGGCAUCCACUCCUUCCAGGGGCACCGUGGAGUUGCCAACAAGCCCAAUGUGAUCCUGCAGAUAGGGAAGUGCAGGGCAGAAAUGCUGGAGCACGUCAGGAGGACCCACCGGCACCUCCUGACUGAGGUCUCCAAGCAGGUGGAGCGUGAGCUGAAAGGCUUGCAGAAGUCAGUGGGGAAGUUAGAGAAUAACUUAGAGGACCAUGUCCCAACUGAUAACCAAAGGUGGAAGAAGUCCAUCAAGGCCUGCCUGGCCAGAUGCCAGGAGACCAUUGCCCACCUGGAAAGGUGGGUCAAGAGAGAGAUGAAUGUUUGGAAGGAGGUCUUUUUCCGUCUGGAGAAGUGGGCAGACAGACUGGAGUCCAUGGGAGGCAAAUACUGCCCUGCGGAACAUGGCAAGCAGACUGUGUCUGUUGGGGUGGGAGGCCCAGAGAUAAGGCCGAGUGAGGGUGAGAUUUAUGACUAUGCCCUUGAUAUGAGCCAAAUGUAUGCACUGACCCCUCCUCCUGGGGAAGUGCCCAGCAUCCCCCAGGGCCAUGAUUCCUACCAGUGGGUCUCUGUGUCAGAGGAUGCUCCAACCUCCCCAGUGGAGACUCAGGUCUUUGAGGAUCCCCGGGAGUUCUUGAGCCACUUGGAGGAAUACUUAAAGCAGGUGGGUGGAACGGAGGAGUACUGGCUGUCUCAGAUCCAAAACCACAUGAACGGCCCAGCUAAAAAGUGGUGGGAAUACAAGCAGGACUCUGUCAAGAACUGGGUUGAGUUCAAGAAGGAGUUCCUGCAGUACAGCGAAGGGACUCUGACUAGGGAUGCUAUCAAAAGGGAGCUGGAUUUGCCACAGAAAGAGGGGGAACCCCUGGAUCAGUUCCUCUGGCGCAAGAGGGACUUGUACCAGACUCUCUAUGUAGAUGCAGAUGAGGAGGAAAUCAUCCAGUAUGUGGUAGGCACCCUCCAGCCUAAACUGAAGCGCUUCUUGAGCUACCCCUUGCCCAAGACCUUAGAGCAGCUGAUUCAAAGAGGGAAGGAAGUCCAAGGCAACAUGGACCACUCUGAGGAGCCCAGCCCACAGAGGACCCCUGAGAUUCAACCAGGAGACUCUGUGGAGACCGCGCCUCCUUCAAGCACUGCCAGUCCUGUGCCAAGCAAUGGGACUCAACCUGAGCCCCCUAGCCCACCAGCUACUGUCAUAUGAGCUAGUCCAUGGGAGGCAGCGGUCUGGGUUAUAUG